AUGGGUAGAAGAAUUCCCAUAAGUGAUGUGGUCUUAUCAAACAACCAUGCAUUUGCUUUGGCCUUCGAGUCAACUCCAUCGAAAGAUAGAAGAUUCCUAGCUAGAGCUCACCGAGUACCAAAAAAUAGGGUAGCUUGGUUGGAUAAUUCUCCAAAAGCGCUCAAGGUAGUUUCGUUGAAGUUAGGAAGAAUCAAGAUUUGUGAUCAUGGUUCUCUCCAAAGACUACUCCUCUUCCAAGUGGUGCUUGAGAGAGCUCACAGUGUUCUUCCUUCUGAUGUUAGAAAUCCAUCCAACCCUUUUCUGAAGAAGAAGUUUGUUAAGUUUAAAAGCGUUCUCAAAGGAGUUGAUGAUGCGAAAAAGCAGAAGAAAUUGGACGAGAUUAAGCGUUGUAAGAAAGCCAUGAACAAGAUUAGCACUCGCGCGCGGGACUUGUCAUCACCAAAGCCACUACGCAGCCCACAAGUCGAUGCUGUGGAGAAAAUUGCCAGACAAGUAUUUGAUACAAUAUUAGAAGAAUCAACACAUGAGACCAUGGCUAUGGGACAAAUAUUCGAUAUAACAUCAGAAGAACCGACACGACAGACUAUGAUUGCAAGACAGAUAUUUGCUACAAAAUUAGAAGAAUCGGCACAAGAGACCAUGCUUGUGGGACAAAUAUUUGAUACAAUAUCAGAAGAACCGAAAUCAACAGAGGAAACCUCCAUGGUCGUGUUUGACAUCAUGAAGGCUAUCAAUUGUUUUUGUACCAUGAUCAAAACUACCAUUGACGAAAAAAAUAGCUCUAUCCAAUCGAAAGGAAAAUGCACAAUUUUAUAGA